AUGAAGUGGCCGACGUAUUGGCCGAGAGUUAUUUUAUCGCUACUGGUCGUUGGCCUAGAGUGUCACAAAUGGACACACGAGCAUAGCUCACCGCUGGUAGAGGCCGCUGAGUGGACAACGUCCAGAAAACUCGAAGUGAGUCAAGGUUACGCCAGGGACCAAGUCCGUUCUCUCUGGUACCACGGCUUUGACAGUUAUAUGAGCUAUGGUAGAGGGCCUGACUGGCAAAACCCAGCAAACAUUGCCACCAACGAUGUCGCCGGCAACUUCUCUGUAACUCUGAUCGAUGCCCUCGACACAUUGGUGAUUCUAAACGAUCGUCCAGGGUUCGAGACGGCCGUGCGCAACGUCAUCGACUGGGUAUCGUUCGAUGUCGAUACUAAACCUCAGGUCUUCGAGACCACCAUCAGAGUACUAGGAGGACUAUUAUCUGGACAUCUAUACGCAAGCCAAACAGAUGGGCCAUUCCAUCUGCCUUGGUACCGCAGCGAGCUGCUCGAUAUGGCACACGACCUUGGUGAAAGGCUACUUCCUGCUUUCAAUACACCAACUGGCAUGCCGCACGCGAGGAUAAAUCUCAAACAUGGACUCUUGAGAACCGAUGCCCUGGACUCAUGUACCGCUGGGGCGGGCUCACUCAUUCUCGAAUUUGGCACCCUAAGUCGACUCACUGGAGACUCGCGCUUUGAGAAAGCUGCUAUCAAGGCAUUUUUUGCCAUUUGGAAUCGUAAAUCCGACAUUGGUCUAGUCGGGAACACGAUCAAUACAUGGACAGGGAAAUGGUUACAACCGGAAGUCAGCAGUAUAGGGGCGGGCAUUGAUUCCUUUUUCGAGUACGCACUUAAGUGGUACGUCAUGAGCGGUGAGGUAGAAUUCCUCGACGUCUGGCAGGAAGCAUAUGCUGCUGUCAUGCGCUAUUCACGAGCCCCGGAUGGGUUUUGGGGCGACCAAAUGUACGGUACUUUCGAUUCAUUGUCAGCCUUCUGGCCUGGCCUACAGGUCCUGGCAGGCGAUCUCGAGAAUGCCAUCAAGUCUCACAUGACUUACUGGAAUAUCUGGAGAGGUCAUUCUGGGCUUCCAGAGAUAUGGGACAUGAACUUUCGACAAGGAACGUCGAUGCAGUACCCGCUACGACCAGAGUUCGUCGAGUCGACUUGGUAUUUGUACCGUGCUACUCAUGAUCCAUUCUAUCUGGAUGUUGGGGGUCGCAUUCUGUACGAUAUUACCACCCGCGCCAAGGUCAAAUGUGGCCUCGCCAGCAUCAAGGAUCUCCGCACAAAUGCUCAAGAAGAUCGCAUGGAGUCAUUUGUGCUAUCAGAAACACUCAAGUAUCUGUACCUUCUUUUCGACGAGGCGAACCCGAUCCAUGCCGACGACUCAAACCACAUCAUGACAACGGAAGGACAUGUCUUAUGGCUGGACCAGAACUACCUUAGACCGAUCUCAUCCGUGCGGCGUAAACUACGCGGAGCGGAACAGCAUCAAUGUCCCGCAUAUGAGCUGCCCCUCGUCGCAUACGAUAAUGCACAAGGCGAGACAGGACUGACAGCUGGUAUCCGUGCGCGUGCCGACACGGAGUACAUUCGCCAACUAAUCGGCGUGCGGCCAUCUGAUCUGGACACGAAGCGAUCGUUCCCGAGCGGUUGGUGUGAAAUCCCGAGAGUCAAUCUCUUCUCAUACGACUUCAUUCUGUCAGCAGGAGGGCAAUACGUACCAGAGGACUUCGAUCCUAGUCCUGACAAGCUCGCACCCGUGCGCGACGGUUACAUCCUGUACAACAUCUCGGGAAUACGUGCACAUAUUGUCAACCGCUUGGAUGGCAAGGGCUAUGACUUAACCAAACUCGGGCCAUAUGCUGUUAAAACGGGUCAAUUGGUCUACGUGAGUGAUCCCGACCUAGGCGUGACACCGGUGGAUGCAAAGGCGGGUAGCAGCUCGCGAAUACCAGACGUAGACUUGCGGUUCUACGUGGACCACGUGGACCCCUUGUCCCAUCUUCGACCUGGGAUGCACGAGAUGACUACCGAGGUCUUCGUGACUGCGUCGACUGCCCUCUUUGGUGGUGACCCUACAGUUCCUCCUCCCGUCCCCGGCCAGCCUCCACUGAAGUUCGGGCAUGGAGAAGGCGUGCGCGUCACGCGAGAGCCAACAAACUCGUACGGCUGUCUUCCGUACUCACGUGUUUUCGAAGGCGAUGCAGUCCUCGUACAGCGAGGGAAGUGCACAUUCCUCGAAAAGCUGGUAGGGGCGCGGACGGCAGGAGCCUCAGGUGUCGUGGUGGUCAGCGACGAAGAACUCAUGAUCAACCCUUCGGCUGGUGCGGAGGAGCUAGCCGGCUUCGAAAGCACCAUCAAGGAUGCCGUUGUAGUCGUCCUUAAGCACUCCGCUGGCGAGGCUGUCACCAAUAUGCUUGAUGCGGCGGAGCAGAUGGGAUUCGGGCAUGUGAUGGUGGCGGUGGAACCAGAGGCACAGCCGGCGACGAACGAUAGAGGAGAGCUCAAGAACGCGUCUAGGGACAUGAACCGCGUUUUGUAUCUUAACGGACAUCCACUGUUGAAUACAAGAUUAAUGGUGUGA